AUGACUGGAUACGAAGACCGCGACUUCGCUGCCGAACCAGCGCCUCACAACGGCUCUCAGGCGGAAGUCGAGGGCAAUGGAAGCCUGAACCUCAGCGAGGGAGUUGGGAGCUCUGGAAGAGGCCAGAGCGCCAACUAUGGCGCUGUCGAGGUUCCUGCCUCGCGGUCCAGCAUUGCUGACCCGUCCCCGUUCAUGCACCAGCUCUCCCUAUCCCCCUCUCAGCGAGAGCGUAGGUCCUCCAGAAACUCGUUUGGAUCGAUUCUGCCCAUCCCACGAUCGAAGCGUCAAUCCCGCCUCUCCUCCGUCCACUACCCCGAUGGCAAACCUCAGCGUCCGGGCAUGCCCCCCCCAGCGCCUACACGCGAGAUUCUGGCUGCUCAGGUGCAGGAUCUCUCGGGCGAGAAGGUCCGGGCUGCCAAGGACAUGGCCUUUGUCUUCGACAUCGACGGCGUCCUGGUCCACGGUGACCGCCUCAUCCCAGAAGGCCAACGUGCUCUCGAGAUCCUGAACGGCGAUAACGAGCUCGGCAUGAAGAUUCCCCACAUCUUCCUCACGAACGGCUCCGGCAAGCCAGAAGAGGCUCGCGUUCAGCAGCUCUCCAAGAUUCUGCACCAGCCCAUCUCCGUCGAGCAAUUCAUCCAAUCGCACACUCCCAUGUCCGCUCUGGCAGAAUACUACAAUACGGUCCUCGUGGUCGGGGGUGAAGGAUACCGCUGCCGCGAGGUAGCAGAGAAAUACGGGUUCCAAGACAUUGUCGUCCCCAACGACAUCGUCGCCUGGGACCCCAGCAUUGCCCCGUACCGCGUCUUCACCGACGAGGAGCGCGCCACUUCCCGUCCGAGAGACUUCUCCCAGGUCAACAUCGAAGCCAUCAUGGUGUUUUCCGACUCCCGCGACUACGCGACCGAUAUGCAAAUCAUCAUGGACCUGCUGCAAUCGCAGAACGGACGACUGCACACGCGUGCCAAGGACCCUCUGUCGGAGAGGAUCCCGAUCUACUUCUCGCAGGGCGAUUUGCUCUGUCCCACCGAGCACCCGUACCCGAGAAUGUCGCAGGGUGCCUUCCGCAUCGGCCUCGAGGCCAUGUACAAGGCUCUGACGGGCGAGGAUCUGGAACGUGUGGUGUACGGCAAGCCCGAGGAGGCGACGUACAAGUACGCGGACGAGGUGCUCGCUUCGUGGAUGGAGAUCAUCCACAACGAGGAGAAGCUGCCCAAGAACAUCUACAUGGUGGGCGACAACCCUGCCUCGGACAUCAUCGGCGGUGUAAGUUUCUCUUCCCUUCCCAACAACAAGCAACACCUUUAUUAUUAUUAUUAUCCCCAAUUGUCUGUCUAUCCGCGUUCCUAUCGCUGACCCUUGUACAGAACAUGUACGGCUGGAACACCUGUCUCGUGCGCACGGGAGUCUUCCAAGGCGGCGAGAAUGACGAGAACAAUCCGGCGAAUUUCGGUGUCUUUGCCAAUGUCCUGGAUGCCGUCACGACUGCGAUUUCCAAAGAACUCGGAAAGGAUUUCCGUAUGGAUUGGAAGGAUGAGCGUGUCAAUCCUCUUCUGCAGGAUGGCGGGUCUUCUGCCGUUGCUGUCGAGUAG